UCCUUCGCAGAGAUAAAACAUCGGUUUCCGUCAGGUCUGCGGUCCAACUUGGAUGAGACACGUGCGGUAAUACUCGGUAACACUGCUGGUUAACGAGUUAAUAAGUUAAAUAACCGGUGGUUCGAGUCUCGGGUCCAGUUUCCAACCAGAACCACAGGUUCGGAGGUUUCAGGGUCUACUUCGGGGCGUUUUUGAGUUUGAUAGAAGCGGAAGUGAACAAAUACAGUUUUUAUCAGCAGAUAGUUUCUGAUCAGGUUGGUUGAUGAAGACCCGAACCCUGGUAGACCCGAACCCUUGUAGACCCGAACCCUUGUCGACCCGAACCUGUCUGAGAUUAGAGCACAGAGCUCCUGUUUGCUUCCGGCUGUGAUCUCGUGAGGAGGUUCUGUUCGGUCCGGUUUUACUCUUAGUUCGGCUGACUGAUGUUCGGACUGUAGACUCGGAACUGGACCGGACCCAACAGAAUACUGGGAUCCAUUCAGUCUGAUACAGAUGUUUACUGCACUGUGAUUGGGUCAAACACCUGUCAAUCAACACUGAUCGAUCAGAAUGAGGAUCUGAGGAGGAGGAGCCAGAGUGAGCGUCAUCACCUGUUGUCUGAAUCCACCAAUCACAGACAGAGAUCCACUGAUGGAGGGUCAGGACCAGGACCAGGAGGACCAGGGUCAGGACCAGGACCAGGACCAGGAGGACCAGGGUCAGGACCAGGACCAGGACCAGGGUCAGGACCAAGAAGAGCGAGACCAGGAGAAGAGGCCAGCCCGCGUGGUGGGCCUGAGUCUCUGUGACUCCGCCCCCUUGUUGUGGCGGGCCCAGGACCUGAGGACGGUCCGGUCUCUGGGUCUGGUGGGGGCGCUGCUGGGCUCGUUGCCCAGAACCCCCCGACAGAACAUCCGACUGGGMCGACCCCUGCUGCUGCUGCCAGAGGAGGAGAGGCUGCUGAGAGAGGAGGGAGCUGCUGUCCUCCCUGAACAGAACCAGGAUGUAGUGGGCGUGGCUCCAGCAGAGGGGGCGGGGCCUCAGCAGCAGUAUGAGGAGGAGCAGCAGAGGAGCUUCCAGCAGCAGAGCGCUCUCGCUCUGGAGGACAGGAAGUCGGCUCUGCUCCGAGCGAUGACAUCAUCACCUGCAGGGUCAGGGUCUGGUACCGGGUCCAACGAGACCCUGCAGCGCCUCCUGCUGGACCUCCAUCAGAACUUCACCUUCCCUCGUUCGGCGCUGGCGGUCCAGCUGAGCACGUCGAGGGCGGGGCUCAGCUACUGCCCCGAGGCCCGCUCCUUCCUGCAGGCCAGCUGGCCAAUCAGAGCGCAGGAUGAGCCCCGCAGCCAGGCCCGGUACCAGGUGUUCAGAGACCUGCGAGGGCGGGGCUUCUUCCUCACCUCUGCAGGGAAGUUUGGAGGCGACUUCCUGGUGUACCCAGGUGACCCGCUGCGUUUCCACGCCCACUUCAUCGCCGUGUGCGUGUCUCUGGACGAGUCCAUGUGCCUGCUGGACGUCCUCGCCGUGGCCCGGCUGGGCUCCAACGUGAAGAAGACCGUCCUGCUGUGCUCGCCGGCGCCGGACGGACCUGUCCGCUACACGUCUCUACAGUGGAGCGGCAUGAUGUGAUGACCGGACCGGACCGGACCGGACCGGACCGGACCGGACCGGGUCCUGCUGUGUUCAGGGACUUUAUGGACCGGUCUGUGAGCAGAACGAAACCAGCUCCAAACCUCAGAGAGUUUUUUAUUUAAACACUGAAACAAUAAAAACUGAGCUGCUGUUUGAGUUUUACUGAGUAAAAACUUUCAUUUCAUGUUUUUAUUACUUUGAAUUUUGGGAAAAAAAUUGUUACUGAAUUAAAAAAAUAUUAACAAAA